UGUGCGGCGGAUGAGAUGCCAACGCUGCCGAAGAAGGAGACUCGUGUCUGAUUCUGACAAGGCGGUUUGAAUUCAUCCGGGAAGAAGAAAGAAGAAGAAAUAAAUAAAAAAAAGGCACCACUCCCGGUUUUUAUUCAGGACGCAAAUGUCUCCACAUCACAGACUCGGCACUGGAUUGUAGCAGCAGCCCCACGGAUGGUUUGAGAGGGCGUAAAGGUGCGGGAAGGGAGUGGGACUAUUACAGGAUGAGUGAGCGGUACACGCAGAUCGGAAGUAAAGGGGCUCUACUUGUCAUGGUGCUCGUGCUCAGUGUCUGGGAGAUGACCGUACCAACAGAAGGAGCUAAAGCGGCGCACCAUGUCCCAACGGGCACCUGCGAGGUGGUGGCGCUGCACCGCUGCUGCAACAAGAACAAAAUCGAGGAGCGGUCACAAACUGUGAAGUGCUCCUGCUUCCCCGGGCAAGUGGCCGGCACCACCAGAGCCGCCCCGUCGUGUGUGGAUGCCUCCAUCGUGGAGCAGAAGUGGUGGUGUCAGAUGCAUCCGUGCCUCGACGGAGAGGAAUGCAAAGUUCUCCCUGAUCUGAAGGGCUGGAGCUGUGCUACGGGGAACAAGAUCAAAACCACUAAGAUUUCGGCCGACAAAGAGCAGCUUUGGUAACGUCAGGCGCUUUACAGCGGAGUCCAGGCGAACUAACAUUUCCGGCCUUUGUCAGAUCAUCAUAAGAGAAGUAAUUCAAAGGACCUUUCUGUAAAUAGAGACUUCCUUUUAUCUGGACUGCAAUUAAUCUUUGGGAAACUCUGAAUGUGUCUUCUUGAACUCUAUGGACAUCAAGCACUGAUCACUCAGCACUUCUUUUGGAAGGACUCCAUAUGAUCAGCCUUACCGGACGGCAGGAUUUAUCCUCUGACAUCGUACGGCUUGUAGUGCAACACAACGGUGAACUUUGCCUGUUUGUUCAUAUCUAGAGUAAUAUGUCCAUUACAGGGGACUUGCAUCAAGUGGACCAGGGUAAGCAGCAGGUCAGUUUGUUGUAAGCAUCGCAAAUACUCAAUACAAAAUGUGAUUUUUGUUUUAUCAGUCAAUUGUGGCUUUCUUCUAUAACAACGUGUAGUUUUGAGGGUUCAGACUUAGAUGAAAAUAAGUGUCUGAGCUGCGGAUAUUCAGGGUGAAUUUCAAAGAAAUACACAACCACAUUCAUCAUUGUAUCAUUCAUGCCGUGUGCAUAAAAAAUAAACCCAAUUCAAUUUGAAACCGGCAACCCAUUAUGAGGCCCGCUGAACUAAACUGGCGCUUUAAAAUGGUAAACGCUGAUCCAAAGCCAGCAGUUGUUAACACACAGAGAGUUGGAACCAGUCGUGGUUUAUUUUUCCUUUGAAAAUCACUCUGCCAUUUCUUGCCGCAUCACAGAUUCUAGACAACAGCAGUAUAAAUUGAACACACAGCAUCUGGUCACUGGCUGAUUGACGACAACAACGCCCCCGAAGCGGUUUUCGACAGUCAC